AUGACCAAGGCACUGUGUGUUACCUGGCAAACAAAGAGUCAGAAUGUUUAUUUUGAGGGCGAAAACGGCGAGGAAGUGACCAAACAGAUAAUUUCGCACUUAAACCAAGGCGUGCACGCUUCGUUGAAAGCUUCGUUGAAAGCUUCGAACUUGGCGGGAGUUGAAGUGUUAGAUUUGCAGGACUCUCGCUCUAUCAGCUUGUCCGACAACGACACAACAAAUGGAAGUUUUCAGGCCUGUGAAGAAAGCGUUUCAUGCGAUGAAGAGAGUGUGAUUCAAAAUGUCAUUAAACGUUUGGAUUCAUUAACGCGCCAAUUCGAAAACCACCGAACUGAGACGUCUGUUGUUCUAAACGAACUUGUUAAUAUAUAUGAGAAUCAAAAAAGUCAGACGGCAACUGAAAAUCUUACUAAAGAAAAUAGAUUAUUGAAAGAAGAAAACAAGGCUCUUCAAACAAGCUAA